AUGCCUAUCGUCACUCCCAUAACGAAGUUACUGGGUAUUCGCGUACCCAUAGUCCAAGGCGGCAUGCAAUGGGUCGGCCUCCCGCCCCUCGCAGCCGCCGUAUCCGAAGCCGGCGGCCUCGGCAUCCUCACAGCACUCACCCAACCCUCCCCAGCUGCUUUACGCACAGCUAUCCGCGAAACGCGCUCCAAGACCCAGAAACCUUUUGGCGUGAAUAUCACGUUGUUGCCUACGAUCAAUCCGCCUGAUUACGAGGGGUACGCGCGCGCGGCUGUUGAGGAGGGAGUUCGGAUAUUCGAGACGGCUGGGAAUAAUCCGAAGAGGUUGAUCGAGUUCUUCAAGAGUAAGGGGUGUAUCGUCAUACACAAGUGCACGACGAUCCGGCAUGCGAAGUCCGCUGUGAAGAUGGGCGUUGACGUGCUAAGCAUCGACGGCUUCGAGUGCGCAGGACACCCCGGAGAGGAAGACGUACCCGGUCUGAUCCUCCUUGCUCGAGCAGCUGAAGAGCUCAAAAUACCCUACCUCGCGUCGGGCGGCAUCGCAGACAGCCGCGGCUUCGCCGCCGCACUCGCUCUGGGCGCAUCAGGCAUCAACAUGGGUACACGCUUCAUGUGCACCGUCGAAUCGCCCAUCCACCAGAACAUCAAAGACCACAUCGUAUCCGCCACCGAACAAGAUACAGCGCACAUCUUCCGCACCCUGCACAACACGGCGCGCGUCUUCAAGAACGCCGUCGCCACUGAGGUUGUCUCGAUCGAGCGGCGGCCCGGAGGAGCGAAGUUCGAGGAUGUGCGAGAAUUGGUUAGCGGUGCGAGGGGGAGGAAGGUGUAUGAGGUCGGCGAUGUGGAUGCGGGGAUCUGGAGCGCUGGGUUGAGCGUGGGGCUGAUACAUGAUGUGCCUACAUGUGAGGAGCUGGUUGGGAGGAUGGAGAGGGAGGUUGAGGGGAUUAUUGAGGGGUUGGGGAGGUUGAGGGUUGAGAAGGCGAAAUUGUAA